AGACGAGAAAAAGACUCCCUCUUUUGAUUUUUACGUGAUUCCACCGCAAAAGGGCACUUUCAAUUCUCUGAAUUCUGUCCAAGCUGACAAGGAAGGUACAUGGAACUGUCAGAAAAAGAGCUUUCAUCAGCUGAAUUCAAAGCUACUCGAAGUAACUGGAUACAAUAUUCCAAAGAGCAUUGUAAGCAUCUCCCUCCGGGCUCUGUUACGGAGUUCAAAUGGAAGGAUUACUCACCUGCAGUUUUCAGACUUAUACAAGAGCUUGAAAAAAUUGACAACAACGAAUACGAGCAGUCAAUUUGUAGUGAUGAUACUGUAAGAAAGGUCUGUUCAUUGGCAAGACCUGGCAGCAUGUGCCUUUUGUCCAAAGAUGACAGAUUUACAAUAAAAACCCUGAGGAAAUCUGAAGUGAAGGUUAUCAUAGGAAUGCUUCCAAGCUACUAUUGCCAUCUGAAAAAGUUUAGCAACACCAUGUUGAACAGGUUGUAUGGAGUUCAUGUUGUGAAGCCAGUUGGAGGAAUGAAGGUAUACUUUGUUGUUGGAUCAAACAUUUUCCAGUCUGAUAAAUUGAUGCAUAAGUGUUAUGACCUCAAAGGCUCAUUACAAGGUCGAAGUGACAACAAACUAAGACUUCGAGAAAAACUUAUUCUAAAGGAUCCUGACUUCGAUUUUCGCUUUUACCUUGACCCAUUGAUCCGGCAUCAGCUUUUACUGCAAAUCAAGCAUGAUUGUGAGUUUUUGGAGGCAGCAGGCAUCAUGGACUACAGUCUGUUGCUUGGCUUACAUGUAAAAAGGUCACAUGAAGGUUCUUUUGAUAGCAGAAAUAUACAUUCUACUGAUUCUUCACACCGAGGUUCGCUUGACAGCAGAAGUCCAUGUAUCCACAUGAGAGUUUGCAGUGAUUUGUCAUCCAAAAGUGGUUUAUCCUUGAAAAGAUCUGCAACUGCUUCAAGCCGAGGUUCUAUUCAAAGAAGUUCCAGUGUCAUGAAACCAUCUCUACGGGAAAAUGAAGAAAGAGAAUUAAGUUUUCGAGAGAGUUGGCUACAAACCAACAGGAGUUCUGGAUUUGGUAAGGAAAUGUCAGCCCGUGCUGUUCGUAUAUCAACAGAUGAAUCAAGAAGUGGCUCCUCUGGUCAUAGUUUAAGGGCACGGGGCUGCUAUGAUGUUCUUCUGUACUUUGGAAUUGUAGAUAUUUGUCAAGAUUAUGGUGUCUCAAAGCGCAUUGAGCAUGCUUACAAGUCAUUGCAUUACAACUCAAAGAUGAUCGCAGCAGUAAAUCCCAAAGCAUAUUCUUCACGCUUUCAGGAGUUUAUUAGCGAAAUAUUUAAAGCAGAUGACUUGCUCCAUUGACCUCAUAAUAGGUAAGUUCUUUUUCUGAAGUUUCAACAUACUGAAAUUGUUAACAGAGUUUACUGUAGUUCGAAGCCUAAGCAUUCUGUUCUAAUCUUCAAAAGGCCUAACCAUGCACAAAAUAACAGAUAGCAUAAUGC